GUUCAUGUUGAGUUGAUCCUCUCUAAAUGUGCUUUUUGGGAUGUUGAGAAUGAGACAUGGAGUGAAGAGGGAUGUUUGACCAAUUUUUCAAGUGUUGAAAAACUACACUGUCAGUGUAACCAUUUAACAGCCUUCAGUGGUGGUGUAUUAAUAACACCUAAUUUAUUAAAUCCUAUUGGUGAUGCCAAGUUAUUCCUGACAUUCUUUGAUAACCCUGUAGUUGUAGUGACUAUCAUGGUGAUUUGGGUUCUGUAUAUAUUCUUAUUGUGCUGGGCUAGAAGAGAAGAUGAGAAAGAUCUAAGACAGAGAGGAGUUACCGUACUAGAAGAUAAUGAUAAAGAUGAUAAUUAUAUGUAUCUAGUUGGUGUGUUGACUGGAUGGUGGAAAGGAGCUGGUACAACAUCAGACGUCUUCCUUUAUCUUCGCAGCAGACACAAUCAAAGCUCACGCCAUGCUUUAAUAGAUAAUGAGCGUCAACAGUUUAUGUCUGGUAGUGAAGAUUGGUUUCUCUUGACAACACCACAUUGUAUUGGACCUCUGAAGUCUGUUGUCAUAUGGCAUGAUAAUGCUGGUAAAUCUCCUUCUUGGUUUCUAAAAGAAGUUAUAAUAAGAGAUGUACAAACUGGUGAAUCGUGGCAUUGUAUUUAUGAUAAUUGGCUGAGUGUUGAUCGAGGACCUAAAGAAAUCAGAGCUGAAAUAAUUGCCAUUGUGGAAGGCGAAAUUGUCAAUCAAAGCAUGUAUCAGUUUUAUCUGAAAUCUAGCCAAGACUUCCGUGAUGGUCAUUUAUGGGCAAGCAUCUUUAGUAAACCCAUCACCAGCAACUUUACCAGGUGUCAAAGACUGACUUGUGCUCUAUCGUUACUUAUUACCUACAUGUUGGCCAACUUGAUGUUCCUUGGUAUACCAGACACCAUUAAUCCCCGUGACCAAGUCAUGUUU